CCUACCUAAGCUUCUGAAACUACAGCAUUCGCGUAUGUGACGGCGGCGCGUACAGUUGGAAACCUCGCAAACCUCGCUAAGUCCCAUUUAUUUCUAAAAAAUUUUCGCCUCCAACAAGCACUAACUGAGCACCGAUGCUCACACGGGUGUUGGGGUGCACGGUGUAAUUGUGGAAUAAUAUUCACAUUUAACAGCUAUUUAGUCAUAAAAAGUGUAAAGUGAUUAUUGGACGCGCACGUAAAUAUUCGAUUUCGCCAGUAAAGGUUUUAUCAAUAAAGCAAAAUCGCCACAGCGUUUCCGAGCAAAAAUUUAAAAAGGCAGUAAUUAAAAUUAGAUACAGUUAAUUAAAAUGUUUACAGUGAAGUCAAACGUGAGAACACCUACCCUAGAAGGUUGUGAUAAUUAUGGUUCCGAUGUAACCUUAGAAGUACCGCCGGGCGACCUAUACAUAGGCUCUUCGGAUUGCAUUGUCGAUGAAGUGGAUGCGAACAAUCAACGAGACUGCUGCUCGGCUACUGGAGAUUGGCUGAAGGACACUGCUUCGAAUGUGUUUCGCAAAAAAACCCUGUACAAGCGGCUACCAAUCUUAGAGUGGUUACCGAAAUAUGGUCGAAAUGAUAUUGUGGGGGAUUUAGUGGCCGGUAUUACGGUCGGUUUAACUGUGAUACCUCAAGGUCUUGCAUUUGCUGGCAUAACGGGGUUGGAAUUGCAAUAUGGCUUAUACAGUUGCUUCAUGGGCUGCUUCAUCUACGUGCUUUUCGGCACCAGCAAGGACGUACCGGUGGGGCCCACUGCCAUUGCAGCACUGCUCACAUUCCAAAUAGGGCGUGGUGAUUUGGUGAAGACGAUAUUGCUAACUUUUUUAACGGGUAUAAUUGAGGUGCUUAUGGGCUUACUAAAGUUGGGCUUUCUCAUUGAUUUCGUAUCCGGGCCGGUUAGUGCCGGCUUUACCAGUGCCGCCUCGUUGAUCAUAUUUACCUCGCAGCUGAAGGAUUUACUCGUCGUAGACACAGCGGGCGACACUUUGGUGGACAUGUGGGUUUCUAUUAUUAAGGAUUUUCACAACAUUAGCUGGAAUGAUGCCGCGUUGGGUGUAAGCUCUGUUUUGCUGCUACUCGCCAUGCGUGCGAUGACUUUUAUCGACAUCGGUCCUAAAGAGGGCAAGAAAAGCUGGCAGCGUAUGCUGCAUAAGACCAUCUGGUUGAUUGGCACCUCACGCAAUGCCGUGCUUGUUGUAUUAGUCGCUUUGUUGGGCUAUUACUUACUGCAAUCUGGUAUCGACAUCUUCCGCAUGGUGGGUUAUGUGCCCGAUGGUUUGCCUGAGUUUAAGGUACCAGCAUUCUCGGCAACGACUUACACGAAUACAACGAGUGGUGAGCUUAUUGAGAUGCAUGAGAGUUUUCUCGAUUUAGUUUCCAACUUGGGCGCUGGUUUGAUCGUAAUUCCGCUGGUCUCGCUGCUGGAAACAACAGCGCUCAUUCAGGCGUUUGCUGACGGGAAGCCUUGCGACGCCAACCAAGAGCUUAUUGCCAUUGGUCUUUGCAAUGUUGGCACUUCUUUUGCACAAGGUUUCCGUGGUAAUGGUCCCUUGGCGCGUGGUGCUGUCUUGAAUGCCAGUGGCGUUCGAACACAGAUGUCCAAUUUAUAUACGGGCAUUAUUGUUAUCUUUGCACUACUUUAUUUUACACCUGCUUUCUACUACGUGCCGAAGGCAGCUCUGGCGGCAAUCAUUGUUGCGGCGACAAUUUUUAUGUUGCAAUAUCGUGUAGUCAAGCCGAUGUGGCACAGCAAAAGAACUGAUCUCAUUCCCGGCCUAGGUGCAUUCAUUGCCUGCAUUGUACUACCUGUACAGAUCGGCAUAUUGGUCGGCAUGGCUAUUAAUGUGGCAUUCAUUUUGUACAGCGCAGCGCGUCCCAAACUACGAAUUGAAACUUUAGAAGCUUCGAAUGGGAUCAAGUAUCUCAUGCUCACUCCCGAUCGCUGUCUCAUCUUCCCAUCGGUGGAGUUCGUGCGCAACGUGAUCAACAAACAAGGCCGUAAGUCAACCCUUCCUGUGGUUCUCGAUUGCACCUACAUUUAUGGCGCGGACUUCACGGCCGCCAAGGUCGUCUCCAUACUAAUCAAAGACUUCGAGACUCGCAACCAGAAGCUCUACUUCUACAAUCUGCAAGCACGUGUAUCGCAGGUUUUCGAGGGUCUCAACAAGGGGCUGAUUGUCAUCUACGAUGCUGAACAUUUGGAAAUGGUGCUCGCAGGCAAAGAAUUGGAUGCGAAAUCCUGAGUGUUGCACAAAUCGAAUUGUGAAUAUUUUGAUGCCAAGUAAGCGGAAUGUGAAUGUAAACCGAAGAAAGUAUUAUGGAAGAGAUGAACGGCACUCGAAUGCUGGUACGAGUACUUACGCUGCGAUGUAAUAAUAUACCGUGUAUGAUAUUUAAAUAUUUGCUCGCAUUUUUCUAUAAUCUCUCUGUUUAGAAUAUUAUAUUUACCAACCUUUGAGCGCUUUAUAUGAUAAAGAUGAAAUUAUUUUUCUGUAAAAAUGAUGAUAGCUAAUUAUCGAAGCUUAAAUGCGAAGCAUGCAUAAAUUUACUUAAAAAAAAUCUCUUGUUGAAUUAAAGUGUCAUUAUUUUUAAUUAUAUGUACAUACUUUAUCUUAUAAUUAAUAUUUUCUUUGAAAGUAUUGCAAUUAUAUCAUUCUUGUACAUAUGUGUAUAUAAUACUAAUUAACUUAUUAUAUGAUAUAAGUAAAAUUAAACGAUCUUAAUAAAAAUGACCGAUGGUUAAUAAAUUGAAAUAUAUAUGCAACACAUAUAUACUUAUACAUAAAUGUAUAUAUUAUAUUUGAUAAUGUGAAAUAACUUUCUUUCUUUUUGUCAAGAAUGUGGUAGUGAAUUCACGCAAAUCUUUCUUAAUCUCCGUUUGCGAAAAAUUAAAUUAUGUUUGUUGUUAUUGAAGCACUCAGUUGACGUUCGCUUUCAGAGGUGCUAAGCGAAAGUAAUUUCUGUCAAUCAGACCAUCAAACUGCGAGGCUCCUGUGCUUGCGCAUUUCAUUGCUCAUUGUAUUGCUUAAUAAAUCUUGAUAACUCUUAGUUUAAAUAUAUUAUUUUGUCAAUGAGCGA